UGGUCGGUAUCAACGACGUGCAUCGCGCUGUGGGUGGGCGCGCACACCCACUCAAGCGACAUGCUCACCACAUCGUGUCCGGUAUCAGCUCUAACGGUGUUCAGCUCGAGUCUGGCUGAGACGAAGAUUCUGGUAGGAAGCAAGUGCGGCAGUGGCUGAGAACGAAGCGGUCCCGCCAAAUUCUCUUCGUUGCCUUCAUCAAGCCCUCCCACCCAUCUUAUCUCAUGACGGGCUCUGUACGCCUCCCAUAACAUGUGCAUCAGGCACGAUACACUCUACACUCUCCAGCAUUUCCCGUACGCACUCCGGAGGUCCCAGUCGUGGCUCUGGCAUCAGCUUGUGCUUUAGAAAUCUCACACACUGUCUUCCGGCGCAGUCGCUCGCUGUUCUCGCGCACUUCCUCUUCCUCCUGUGCAUGGCAUGUCUAUCGGCGACGACGAAGGCUGAAGAACGCAUAGACUCGGACGAGGCGGGAGCGGUCGACUCCAGCUGCAUGCCAACACCGACACCGUCGACCGGCCUACGAGAUGCAAGUUUGACGGAUUCACAGCAUUUUAGGACUGUCGAAAAGCACUCUCCAAAGGUGCAUGUCUCUACAGAGGAUGAAGACGGUAGUGCACAAGCUCUGAUCGUGCUGAAGAAGGCAGGAAUAGCUCAAAACAUCUCUGCAAACUGUACGCAUAUAUCAACCCGGACGUACACCUUCGGGCAGCCCUCCUCGAUACCAAGCCUCACACGACUGCCACCGCGACCAUCAAUAGAGGUCCAUCCAGCGGCGACAUGUUUGAGCAGUGCCGCGCUCACGAUGCGCGACGAUACCCGCGGUAUUAUCGUUCGCGAAGAGGACUACAUCUCUACUCUCACAGUCAGCAGCGCGACGACCAUAUCUAUCAACCUGUCUGCCGCGUCGAGUGUGACGAUACAGGAUGCAGCUGCCACGACGACGACGAGUUCGAGCAGUGACAGUGCGAACAGCGCGUUGGGACCGUUAUUGGGCGGCUUGCUGGGUGGAUUCUUCGGGCUCAUCGCCAUUGUCGGAGGAAUAUGGUCACUCUGGUAGAACAUUCCAACACCAGUGCCUCAUCACAUUCGCUCACGCUACGCUUCUCGAUGUUCCAGGCAUUACAGACGGCGUAUCUUCGGCAAGCAGCAAACAGAAGAUGUCAUUCCAUCCUCGCC